AUGAAGUUGAUCUUAUGGUACGUGGCUGUGGCACUUUGCUUCUGCUGCAGAGGAAAUGGCUCUAAUGAAGAUUCACUUUCUACUACUAAUGACAGCAAUUCUCCUUUUAUUUCUUCAGAUGGUAAAGUAGCUGCAAGCAGAUCAGGUGGCUUCUCUUAUGGGAGUUCGUCCUCUGGUGCCUCAGACAGAAAAAAGCCACUCUUUAGCUUAGAAUUUGGUUCUUCAGGAGAGGCUGAAGACAAGUCCAGACAACGUCGAGAUACUGCAAGUUCAAAGUCAGAAGACACCCUGGCAGGUGGCUUUUCUUAUGGUAGUUCAUCCUCUGGUGACUCAGACAGGAAAAAGCCACACUUUAGCUUAGAAAUUGGUGCUCAAGGUAAAGCUGAAGACAAGUCCAGAGACCGUCGGGAUGCUGGAAGUUCACAGUCAGAAGACACCCCAGCAGGUGGCUUUUUUUAUGGUAGUUCAUCCUCUGGUGACUCAGACAGAAAAAAGCCACACUUUAGCUUUGAAUUUGGUGCUUCUGGAGAGGCUGAAGACAAGUCCAGAGAACCUCGGGAUGCUGAAAGUUUAAGGUCGGAAGACACUCCAGCAGAUAGCACAAACACAAGACUUGGUGCUGGCUUUAGUAGCAGUGGUGCCUCUCUGAAUGUGGGAUUUGGUUUGGGGACCUCUGAUCAAAAGGGAUUGGAAGUCGGUAGAGCUGAUGGGAGUGAAACUAGAGGCAGUGGACUUGCUGGGGGUGAAACCAUAGUCUUUGGAUCUGAUGCAGGUAGCUCAGUUGGAACUGGUUCUUCUGGUUUGAAAGUUGGAGCAGGGAAAGGUGAUGCUGCAUUUAGUUUUGAAGUUUCUGAUUCAAGUUCAUUUGGUGACAGUGGCAUUAUUAGCAAAACAGUUGAAGGAGAUCAAAUGAGUAGUUCUGGAGGACCUAUUUCCAUUGAUCUAGGUGAUGCCAGUUUAAGAAGUGAGAAUCAAUUUGUUGGUGGUGGUUCUCGAAAUUUGAUAUCCAAUUUAUGGGAUUCUGGCCAAGAGGGAUUUGGAAUCAAGGAAACUGGAGGGAAUGGAAUGAGUGGCAGUGUAUCUGCUGAGGCUAGAUCCAAAGGUUUUGGAUCUGAUGCCAGUAGCUCAGGUGGUUCAAGUGCCAGAAAUGGGUUUGAAUAUUCUGGUGGUAUCUCUGAAGAUUCAGGAGUCAUAUUGGGGUCAUCUGAUCAACAUGGAUUUAAAGUCAGUAGAACUGGUGGGAAUAGAAAGAGAAGCAGUGAACCUGCUAAGGCUGGAAACUUGAGUCCUAGAUCUCAUGUCAGUGACUCAGGAGGAAACACUUGGUCUUCUGGUUCUGGAAGUGGUGGAGAAAGCGUCACCGGUUCAUCUGAAUACAGUACGUCUGAACCACUCAGUACUCCAGAAAAAGGAUCCCAUAUUCCAGAAGCAACUCCGAAAUACUCAGAAACAAGUGCAAUUAUUGGUGAAGCGUCUACCUGGAGCAAAGGAGCAUAUAAAUCUUUCAAUGGCCGCAUCUUUUCCUUUGAAUCUUCAUGCCCGUACACUUUCUGUCGUCACUGUGUUGAAUCUGGAGGAGAUUUCAAUAUUGAGAUCAAACGAAACAAUGAUAGUGAGAUUGAAAAAAUAACAGUUCUCAUUGACAAUAACGACAUCUCUAUUUUUGGUGACACUAUUUUAGUUCAUGGAGAAAGUGUACAGAUACCAUAUAACAAUAAGUUGAUUCACAUUAAAAAAUUUGGAGAAUAUAAUGUUCUGAAUAGCCGUAGAGGAAUCCUGACUUUAAUGUGGGACAAAAAUAACAAACUCUCACUAACUCUUCACAAGCAGUAUCCAACUUGUGGUCUUUGUGGUAACUUCAACAGCACUCCAGGGCAAGAUAUUAAUGAGCAUAUUGCCAAUAGUAAAAUUCCUGGUGAUUGUCCCAAUGCUGUUGGUAAAAGCUAUGAAGUUUGUGAAGAUGGAAUACAGUACUGUAACAAAAUUAUUGGAACCUACUUUGAGAAAUGUGGAAAGGUUGCUGCUCUAUCCAAUGACUACAAAAUGAUCUGCAUUGAUGAAUACUGUCAAACUAGAGACAAAACAUCUACAUGUGACACGUAUUCAGAACUGUCCCGCCUCUGUGCCUCAGAUGGUCCUGGCACCUUUGAAUCCUGGAGAAGCGAUUCUGAUGUGGCUUGUGAAACACAAAGAUGUCCAGAACAGCAUAUCUACAAAGAAUGUGGACUCUCCAAUCCUGCAACUUGUUCUAAUGUGGCUCCUUUUCAAGACAGUGAAUGUGUGAGCGGCUGCACCUGCCCAGAAGAUUAUCUGUUGGAUGACAUUAGAGAGAAAGGAAAAUGUGUAUUAAAGGCUGAAUGUCCCUGUGAAUCCAACGGAAAAGUGUAUCAGGCAGGAGAAGUCCGAGAAGGUCCCUGUGGUUCUCAGUGCACAUGCCAAGAUGCAAAGUGGUCUUGCACGGAAGCAUUAUGCCCUGGAAGAUGUAAGGUGGAAGGAAGUUCCUUUACCACCUUUGAUGGUGUUAAGUACAACCAUCCUGGAAACUGCCACUUCCUGGCCAUUCACAAUGAAGAUUGGUCUAUUAGUGUUGAGCUCCGUCCAUGCCCAAGUGGUCAGACAGGAACGUGCUUAAAUAGUGUUACACUUCUCUUGAAUUCUUCUGUUCCAGUUGACAAAUACAUAUUCAACAGUGAUGGAACAGUCACAAAUGACAAGAUUAGGAACCAAGGUUAUUACUAUUCAGAUAAAAUACAGAUCUUCAAUGCAUCUUCCUCAUACCUUCAAGUAGAAACAUACUUUCAUGUAAAACUACAAAUACAAAUUGUUCCUGUGAUGCAAUUAUAUGUUUCUAUGCCACCCAACGAAUUCACAGACAGUGUGGGACUCUGUGGUUCCUAUAACAACAAAGCAGAGGAUGAUUUCAUGUCAAGUCAGAAUAUAUUGGAGAAGACAUCUCAGGCAUUUGCUAAUUCUUGGGAAAUGAUGUCCUGUCCUAAAGGAAACCCCUCUUCAUGUAUCAGUAUAGAAAAAGAAAAGUUUGCUGAAAGGCACUGUGGAAUUCUUCUUGAUUCAAGCGGGCCUUUUGCUGCCUGCCACCCAAUUGUGAACCCUAAACCCUAUCAUGAGGAAUGCAAAAAGUACACUUGUACUUGUGAAAACAGUCAAGACUGCCUAUGUACAAUUUUAGGCAACUAUGUGAAAGCGUGUGCUGAGAAGGAAACAUACAUAGUAGGAUGGAGAACUGGCCUGUGUGAACAUUCUUGUCCAAGUGGCCUAGUUUUCAAGUACAACGUAAAAGCCUGUAAUAGUUCUUGCCGAUCAUUGUCAGAGAGAGAUAGGAGCUGUGAUGUGGAAGAUGUUCCAGUUGAUGGAUGCACCUGCCCUGAUGAAAUGUACCAGAAUAAUGAAGGAAACUGUGUACUGAAAUCUCAGUGUGACUGCUACAUAAAUGAUGAGGUCAUGAAACCAGGCAAACUCAUCCACAUUGAUGACAAUAAAUGUGUCUGUCGGGAUGGAAUUCUUCUUUGCCAGAUUCCCAUUGAUUUAGCCCUACAAAAUUGUUCUGGAGGGGCUGAGUAUGUAGACUGCAGGGAUCCCAAAGCACAGAGAAGAACCGACAGAACAUGCAAUACUCGGAACAUACCUGUUUUUGAUGAGAACUUGCCUUGCAAACGUGGGUGCUUUUGUCCAGAAGGAAUGGUUCGGAAUUCUAAAGGGAUAUGUGUCUUUCCUGAUGACUGCCCAUGCUCUUUUGGUGGACGAGAAUAUGAUGAAGGAAGUGUCACUUCUGUUGGCUGCAAUGAAUGUACUUGCAUUAAAGGGUCUUGGAGUUGUACGCAGAAUGAAUGUCAAACCAUCUGCCACAUUUAUGGGGAAGGUCAUGUUAGAACUUUUGAUGGGAAAAGUUACAGUUUUGAUGGUCUCUGCCAGUAUUCAUUUCUUGAGGAUUAUUGUGGUCAUGAAAAUGGCACAUUUCGUAUUUUAACGGAGAGUGUUCCAUGCUGUGAAGAUGGACUAACGUGCUCAAGAAAAAUCAUUGUUUCUUUUCAGGAUCAGAACGUUGUCUUGCAAGAUGGUAAAGUAACAGCAGUCAAAACUGCAGAAAGUAAGGAAUGUGAACUCAGUGCAAAUGCAUACUCCAUUCAUACUGUUGGCCUGUACUUAAUUGUGAAAUUUCAAAAUGGAAUAACCAUGAUUUGGGACAAAAAUACAAGACUGUCUGUUAUCCUGGAUCCAAGCUGGAAUGGUAAAGUAUGUGGUCUUUGUGGAAAUAACAAUGGUGAUCUCAAGGAUGAUUUCACAACAAGGUACACUUCAGUAGCUUCUGGAGCACUGGAAUUUGGGAAUAGUUGGAAGACAAGCCAAGAAUGUUCAGAUACAGUGGCUCAGACGUUCCCUUGUGAUUCAAACCCAUACUGUAAAGCCUGGGCUGUGCGGAAAUGUGAGAUCCUCAGAGACAGCACCUUCAGAGACUGCCACAACAAGGUUGACCCCAGUGCUUACUAUGAUGCGUGCAUCGAAGAAGCCUGUGCAUGUGACAUGGAGGGGAAGUACCUGGGAUUCUGCACCGCUGUGGCUAUGUACGCAGAGGCGUGUAGUGCGGUUGGAGUCUGUGUCUCAUGGAGAAAACCAAAUCUGUGUCCGGUCUACUGUGAUUACUACAAUGCACCUGGGGAGUGCAGCUGGCAUUAUGAACCUUGCGGCACAGUGACAGCAAAGACAUGCAAAGAUCAGCUCAUUGGACAGAAAUUUUCUUCGCUUUUAGAAGGUUGCUAUGCUAAGUGCCCAGAUAGUGCACCCUACUUGGAUGAGAACACCAUGAAAUGUGUCAGUUUAUCUGAGUGCAGCUGCUUCUAUAAUGAUAUCAUACCAGCAGGGGGAGUGAUCGAAGAUAAUUGUGGAAGAACAUGCUACUGUAUUGCAGGGCAGUUGGAGUGCAGUGAAACUGCUCCUACCAAUUCAACAUUUGCAGUUCCCACUACAACAGCUACUGCCAUAUUAAGCACUGGAGCAGCAAUUACACUGGUUACCAGUAGCCCAGGCACAGCAGCAUCCUUUCCAGGUAUUACAACAUCAAGCAGUGAAACAACAGGAACGACUCUAGGUCCUCUCACCAAACCUUUUAGUACAGGCAUUACUGAAACUCCGUUUUCCAUCAUCUCAACAUCUGGGAAUGCAGGCACAACACGAGUAGUGAGCUCCACCAUCACUCAUGCUGUGGGCAUGGCAGGAACAACUGGAGGAGUGGAUGCAGCCACCACUGGAGCUGCUGAUGAAAAUACAUCUGGGAGAACAGGCACACCUGGGGUAUUAUCUGGAGCAACCUUGGCAGUCGGAGGUGGUAUUACCCCCAGAAAAACAGGCACUGCAGCCACAGUUUCUGGAAGCACAGGAGUUUCUGUGGGCUCCACCACUGCCAGCCCUGGAGCCUCAGCCACAACCUCUGAAAGCAGCAAAGCAGGAACUACUGGACCCUCAGUGGGUGAAAAAACUAGAGCCACAAGCAGGGAAGUGACACCAUCUGAAGGCAUGUCAGGUGUAACAGGACAGUCUGUUGGAAGUACUGCUGGAUCUGACAGUGAAAUCACAACUAGAACAUCUUUCACCGGUUCCAACCCACCUGGGAAACUCACCAGGCCAACCCCGGGUUCACCCGGUCACUUUAGUGGUGGAACAACUGAAGGGAGAAACGUAGCCACCACUGGAGCUGCUGGUGAAAACACUUCUGGAGCAGCAGGUCCAACAGAAGGGUCUGUGGAAGCCACCACCAGAGCAGGCAGUGGAAGCACAGCUGAAGCAUCAGGUACUGGGGCCCCUGGCCCAGGAAACACAGUAGUGUCAGGCGCACCUGUGGUAUCACCUGGAGCAACACCUGGAGUUCCAGGUAGCAGCAUCUCCAAGGAAGCAGGCGUUGGAACCACCAGUCUUAGCAACUCAGGAACCCCGACAGUAUCUGCUGCCUCAACUACAAGUAGCCCUGUGAGUGAAACCACCAAUGCAGCCUCAGCCACAGCAGUGACAAUCUCUGGAAGCAAACCAGGUACGGCUGGAAUACCAGGUGGUGCAACCAGUGGAGGUGAAACGACAUCUGGGUGGUCUAGCAGUGGUACCACCAUUGGCUCUUCAGAUAAACCAGGGGCAACUAGAUCAUCAACUCGAGAGACAGAGACAUCUGGACCAUCAGCUACAGUAAUAGGGAAUUAUGGACAAUCAUCUGAAAUAACAGGGACAAGUAAAUCAUCAUCCAAAGUUUCAGGGACAAUGAAGCCAUCAGAUACAACAUCAGGAGCAACUGGAACAUCAGUUGCAGUGAAAAGGACUUCUGAACAAUUGUCAGGAGUCACAGGAGCAUCUGAACCAUCAGUUGGAGUGUCAGGGACAACUGAAUCAUUAGCUGAAAUAUCAGGGGCAACCAGACCAUUAAUUUCAGAAUUAAGAACAACUGGAUCAUUAUCUGGAGGGUCAAGGACAACUGAACCUUCAUCAAGAGAAUCAGUGACAACUGGACCAUUAGCUGAAGUUUCAGGGACAAGUGGACAAUUGGUUAUAGAAUCAAAAACAACUAGAUUAUCAGCUACAGAAUCAGGGACAACUGGGUCUUUUACUGGAGGAUUAGGUACAAGUAGAUCAUCUGCUAGAGAAACAGGGACAACUGAACCAUCAGUUGAUGGGUCAAGAACAACUGGACCGUCUGUUGUGGGAUCAGGGACAACUAGAUUAUCAUCUAGAGUGACAAGAACAACUGAACCAUCACCUAGAGUGGCAGAAACAACUACACCAUCAGCUGAAGAAUCAGGAACAAAUGGACCAUUUGUUCUAGUGACAGGAACAACUGGACAAUCAGGCAAAGGAUCAGGGACAACUGGAAAAUCUGUCAUAGAAUCAGGACCAUCUGUUGUAGAAUCAGGACCAACAUCUGCAGGAUCUGCACCAUCAACUGGAAGAUCAGGUACAACAAGACCAUCAGUUGGAGGAACUGAGACAACUGUACAAUCAGGUGAAGGAUCAGGAACAACAAUACCAUCAGCUAGAGUGACAGAUGUAACUGGAACAUCAGCUGAAGUAUCAGGAAGAAUUGAAUCAUCAGCUACAGGAUCAGGUACAAGUAGACCACUAGAUGAAAUAACAGAGACAACUAUACCAUCAACAGAAGGAUCAGAGGCAACCAGACCAUCUGUCAUUGGAUCAGAAACAACUAGACCAUUAGUUAUAGGAUCACGGACAACUGGAACUUCAUCUGGAGGUUCAACUACAACAAGGUCAUCAGGUGGAGGCACAGGGACAACUGAACAAUCAACUGCAAGGUCAGAAACAACUGGACCACUUUUUGCAUUGACAGGAAAAUUUGAACAAUCAGCUAUAGUGACUGGGAAAUCUUCAAAUUCAGCUGCAGUGAAAAUAACAUCUGAAAAAUCGCCUGGAAUGGCAAUGACAACAGGAAUAUUGGUUGAAGGAUCAGCUGCAACUGGACAAUCUCUUUUAGAAUCAGAGACAACUGAAUCAUCAGCUGGAGUGACAGGAACAUCUGGACAAUCAGCCAGCAUGACUGGGACAACUGGAUCAUCAACUGGAGAGACAAGAACAACCAGACCAUCAACUGAAGGAUUAGUCACAACUGUACCAUUUGUUAUUGGAUCAGAAGCAACUAGAUCAUUAGUUAUAGGAUCAGUCACAACUGGAACUUUAUCUGGAGGUUCAAGUACAACAAGAUCAUCAGAUGGAGAAACAGGGGCAACCAGACAAUCAACUGCAAGAUCAGAAACAACUGUAUCACUUUCUGGAUUGAUGGGAACAUCUGGACAACUGGUUGGAGUGACUGGGAUAUCUCCAAAAUCAGCUGGAGUAACAAUGACAUAUGAAAAAUCAGCUGGAGUUGCAGUGACAACAGGACCAUUUGUUGAAGGAUUCACUACAACUAGAUCAACUCGUUUAGAAUCAGAGACCACUAGACUCUCAGGUAGAGUGACAGUGACAUCUGUACAAUCAGCCAGCAUGACUGGGACAGUUGAAGCAUCAGUUGGGGUGACAGAAACAACUGGACCAUCAACUGAAGGAUCAGGGGCAACUGAAUCAUCUGUUGUGGGAUCAGGAGCAACUAGACCAUUAGCUAGUGCAUCAGGUACAACUGAAUCAUCAGCUGGAGUGACAGGGACAAGGCUAUCAUCAGGAGGAUCAGGGACAACUGAGUCAUUAUCAAGAAAAUCAGUAACAACUGGACCAUUACAUGAAGGAUCAGGAACAACUAGACUAUCAGCUGGAGUGACAGCAACAUUUGGACCAUCAGCUAGAAAUACUGGGGCAUCUGGAGUACCAGCUGUAGUGACAGAAACAAUGACGCCAUCUUUUGUCAAAUCAGGGACAACUGGACCACCUGUUAUAGGAAGAAGGACAACUGGAACUUUAGCUGGAGGAUCAGGUACAACAAGAUUAUCAGAUGGAGAAACAGAGACAACUGGGCAAUCAGCUGUGAACUCAGGGACAACAGAAUCAUUUGCUGGGUUGACAACAUCUGGACAAUCAACUGGAAUGACUGGGACAACUGCACAAUCAGCUGGAGUGGCACUAACAACGGGUUCAUUUGUUGAAGGAUUAGUGACAACUGGAUCAUCUACUGUAGGACUAGAGACAGCUAGACCUUCAGUUGUAGGAUCAGGAACAACUGGACCUCCUGUUGUAAAAUCAGAGACAACCGGACCAUCAGUUGGAUUGAGAGUGACAUCUGGACAAUCAGCUAGAAUGACUGGGGUAACUGGACCAUCAGCUGGAGUGACAGGAACCACAGGACCAGCAAGUAAAGGAUUAGGGACCACUAGACCAUCUGCUGUAGGUUUAGAGACUACUGAACCAUCAGCUGAUGGGCUGGGGACAACUGAACCACCUAUUGUAGAAGGAAAGACAACUACACCAUCAGCUAGAGUGACAGUUACAUCUGGAGACUCACAUAGAGUGACUGGAGCAACUGAACCAUUGGCUGGAGUGACAGGACCCACUAAACCAUCUGCGGUAGGAUCAGAGACAACUGGAUCAUCUGUUACAGGAGUAAGGACAACUGCAAAAACCUCAUUUGGAGGAUUAAGUACAACUACAUCAUCAGUUGGAAGAACAGGGACCACUGGACAAUCACCUGAAAUAUCAGGGACCACAGGACCAUUUACUGGAUUGACAGGGAUAUCUGCACAGUCAGCUGGAGUGGUAGUAACAACAGGACUUUUUGUUGAAGGCUCGUUGACAACUGGAAAAUCUCUUGUAGGAUCAGUAACAACUGGAUUAUCAGCUGAAGCUACAGGGACAACUGGACCAUCUAUUACUGGAUCAGGAACAACCAGACCAUUAGUUAUAGGAUCAUGGACAGCUGGAACUUCAUCUGGAGGACUGGGUACAACUAGUCCAUCAGUUGGAGGAACAGAGACAACUGGACAAUCAGCUGCAGGAUCAGUGACAACAGAGACAGUUUCUGAAUUGACAGAAACCUCUGGUCCAUCAGUGGAAGUAACAGUGACACCUGGAAAAUUACCUGCAGUAACUCAGACAACUGGAUCAUCAGCUGCAGUAUCAGGGACAACUGUACAAUCUCUUAGAUUAUCAGAAACAACUAGAACAUCAUCUGGAGAAACAGAAACAACUGGAUCAUUAGUUAAAGAAUCAGGGACAACUGAACCAUCAGAUGUAAGAUCAGGGAUUACUGUACCAACAGCUGGGGUGACAGGUACAAAUGGACCACCAUCUGGAGUGAGAGGGACAACUGGAACCUUAGCUAAAGUAACAGGGACAACUGGACUAUCAGCUGGAGUAACAGAGACAACUGGAUCAUCAACAGGGGUGACAGGGACAACUGGAUCAUCAGCUAGGGUGACAGGAAAAACUAGAUUAUCAGUUGGAGUCACAGGGAAAACUGGAUCAUCAGCUGGCAUGACAAUAACUGAAUCGUCAGUUGGAGUAACAGGGACAACUGGACUGUCAGCUGAAGCAACAGGAACAACUGGACUAUCAGCUGGAGUCACAGGGACAACUGGAUCAUCUGCAAGAUCAGAGACAAGUAUACAAUCAGCUGGAAAAACAGGAACAACUAGAACAUCAGUUGAAGAAUCAAGGACAAGUGGACCAUCAGCUGGACUAACAGGUACAGAUGGACUAUCAGCUGAAGUGACGGGGCCAACUGGACCAUCAGCAGGAGCGAGAGGGACAACUGGACCAUCAGUUGAAGUGACAGGGAUACCUGGACUGUCAGCUGAAAUGACAGGGACAACUGGAUCAACAGCUGGGGUGACACGGACAACUAGACCAUCAGCUGGGGUGAUAGGGACUACUGAUUUAUCAACUGAAGUGAUAGGACUAUCACAACUAUCAACUGGGGUGACAGGAACAAUUGGAUCACUAGCUGGAGUAACAGGAAAAACUGGACUAUCAGCUGGAGUAACAGGGACAAGUGGACUAUCAGCUGGAGUGUCAGGGACAACUGGGCUAUCAGCUGGAGAGACAGGGACAAUUGGAUCACCAGCUGAAGUGACAGGGACAAGUGAACUGUCAGCUGAAGUGACAGGGACAAGUGUACUGUCAACUGGAGUGACAGGGACAAGUUUACUAUCAGCUGGAGUGACAGGGACAAGUGGACUAUCAGAUGGAAUGACAGGGACAACUGUGCUAUCAUCUGGGGUGACAGGGACAAUUGGAUCACCAGCUGAAGCAACAGGGACAACUGGACUGUCAGCUAGAGUGACAGGGACAAUUGGACUGUCAGCUGGAGUGACAGGGACAAGUGGACUAUCAGCUGGAGUGACAGGGACAAGUGGAUUAUCAGCUGGAGUGACAGGGACAAGUGGACUAUUAGAUGGAAUGACAGGGACAACUGUGCUAUCAUCUGAGGUGACAGGGACAAUUGGAUCACCAGCUGAAGCAACAGGGACAAGUGGACUGUCAGCUGGAGUGACAGGGACAAGUGGACUGUCAGCUGGAGUGACAGGGACAAGUGGACUGUCAGCUGGAGUGACAGGGACAAGUGGAUUAUCAGCUGGAGUGACAGGGAUAAGUGGACUCUCAGCUGGAGUGACAGGGCCAACUGGGCUAUCAGCUGGGAUUACGGAGACAAUUGGAUCACCAGCUGAAGCAACGGGGACAACUACACUAUCAGCUGGAGUGACAGGGAAAAGUGGAUUCUCAGCUGAAGUGACAGGGACAACUGGGCUCUCAGUUGGGGUGACAGGGACAAGUGGAUUAUCAGCUGGAGUGACAGGGGCAACUGGGCUAUCAGCUGGGGUGACAGGGACAAUUGGGUCACCAGCUGAAGCAACAGGGACAACUACACUAUCAGCUGGAGUGACAGGGAAAAGUGGAUUCUCAGCUGAAGUGACAGGGACAACUGGGCUCUCAGUUGGGGUGACAGGGACAAGUGGAUUAUCAGCUGGAGUGACAGGGAAAAGUGGAUUCUCAGCUGAAGUGACAGGGACAACUGGGCUCUCAGUUGGGGUGACAGGGACAAGUGGAUUAUCAGCUGGAGUGACAGGGGCAACUGGGCUAUCAGCUGGGGUGACAGGGACAAUUGGGUCACCAGCUGAAGCAACAGGGACAGCUGACCUAUCAGCUGGAGUGACAGGGACAACUGGACUAUCAGCUGGAGUGACAGGGACAAGUGAACUGUCAGCUGGAGUGACAGGGACAAGUGAACUGUCAGCUGAAGUGACAGGGACAAAUAUACUUUCAGCUGGAGUGACAAGGACAAGUGGACUGUCAGCUGGGGUGACACAGACAAUUGAAUCAUCAGCUGGGGUGACAGGGACAAUUGGUUCACCAGCUGAAGCAACAGGGACAACUAGACUAUCAGCUGGAGUGACAGAGAAAAGUGGACUCUCAGCUGGAGUGACAGAGACAACUGGGCUCUCAGCUGGGGUGACAGGGACAAGUGGACUAUCAGCUGGAGUGACAGGGACAACUGGGCUAUCAGCUCGGUUGACAGGGACAAUUGGAUCACCAGCUGAAGCAACAGGGACAGCUGACCUAUCAGCUGGAGUGACAGGGACAACUGGACUAUCAGCUGGAGUGACAGGGACAAGUGGACUGUCAGCUGAAGUGACAGGGGCAAAUAUACUUUCAGCUGGAGUGACAGGGACAAAUAUACUUUCAGCUGGAGUGACAGGGACAAGUGGACUAUCAGCUGGGGUGACAUGGACAAUUGAAUCAUCAGCUGGGGUGACAGGGACAAUUGGUUCACCAGCUGAAGUGACAGGGACGACUGGCCUAUCAGCUGGGGGUACAGAGACUACUGGCCUAUCAGCUGAAAGGACAGGGACAAGUGGACUGUCAGCUGGAGUGACAGGGACAACCAGACUGUCAUCUGGAAUGACAGGGACAAGUGGGUUAUCAGCUGGAGUGACAGGGACAGCUGGGCUAGCAGCUGGGGUGACAGAGACAAUUGGAUCACGAGCUGAAGCAACAGGGACAAGUGGCCUAUCAGCUGGAGUAACAGGGACGAGUGAACUAUUGGCAGGAGUGACAGGGACAAGUGGACUACCAUCUGGGUUGCCAGGGACAAUUGGAUCAUUGGCUGGUGUGACAGUGACAAGUGGGUUCUCAGCUGGGGUAACAGGAACAAUUGGAUCACCAACUGGAGUUACAGGGACAAGUGGACUGUCAGCUGGAGUGACAGGGACAAGUGGACUGUCAUCUGGGGUGACAGGGACAAUUGGAUCACUAGCUGAAGCAACAGGGACACCUGGACUGUCAGUUAGAGUGACAGGGACAAGUGGACUAUCAGCUGGAGUGACAGGGACAAGUGGAUUAUCAGCUGGAGUGACAGGAACAACUGGGCUAUCAGCUGGGGUGACAGGGACAAGUGGACCACCAUCUGAAACCACAGAGACAAGUGGACUACCAUCUGGGGUGACAGGGACAAUUGCCUCAUCAGCUGAGGUGACAGUGACAAGUGGGCUCUCAGCUGGGCUAACAGGAACAAUUGGAUCACCAGCUGGAGUGACAGGGACAAGUGAACUAUCAGCUGGAGUAACAGGGACAAGUGGACUGUCAGCUGGAGUGACAGGGACAAGUGGACUAUCAGCUGGGGUGGCAUGGACAACUGGGUCAGCUGGUGUAACAGGGACAAUUGGUUCACCAGCUGAAGUGACAGGGACAACUGGCCUGUCAGCUGGAGUGACAGGGGCAAGUGGACUGUCAGCUGAAGUGACAGGGACAACUGGACUAUCAGCUGGAGUGACAGGGACAACUGGAUUAUCUGGAGUGACAGGGACAAGUGGAUUAUCAGCUAGAGUGACAGGGGUAACUGGAUCCUCAUCUGGGGUGACAGGGACAAUUGGAUCACUAGCUGAAGCAAUAGGGACAACUGAACUAUCAGCUGGAGUUACAGGGACAAGUGGACUAGGAGUGACAGAAACAACUGUGCUAUCAGCUGGGGUGACAGGGACAAUUGGCUCUCCAGCUGAAGCAACAGGGACAACUGUACUAUCAGCUGGAGUGACAGGAACAAGUGGACUCUCAGCUGGAAUGACAGGGACAACUGGGCUAUCAGCUGGGGUGACAGGGACAAUUGGAUCAUCAGCUGAACCAACAGGGACAAGUGGACUAUCAGCUGGAGUAACAGGGGCAAGUGGACUAUCAGCUCAGGUGACAGGAACAAUUAGAUUACCAACUGGAGUGACAGGGACAAGUAGACUAUCACCUGGGGUGACAGGGACAAAUAGACUAUCGUCUGGGGUGAUAGGAACAAGUAGACCAUCAGCUGUAGGGACAGGGAUAACUGCACCAUCAGCAGGAGUGACAGGGACAUUUGGAUCACCAGCUGAAACAAGAGGGACAGUUGGACUAUCAGCUGGAGUAACAGGGACAAGUGAACUAUUGUCUAGAGUAACAGGGACAAGUGGACUAUUAGCUAGGGUGACAGGGACAACUGGGCUACCAACUGGGGUAACAGGAACAGUUAGAUCACCCACUGGAGUGACAGGGACAAGUGGACUAUCAGCUGGGGUGACAGGGACAAGUAGACUAUCAGCUGGAGUGACAGGGACAACUGGACUAUCAUCUGAGGUGACAGGGACAAUUGGAUCACCAGCUGAAGCAACAGGGACAACUGGGCUAUCAGCUGGAGUGACAGGGACAAGUGGACUAUUAACUGGAGUGACAAGGAUAAGUGGACUCUCAGCUGGAGUGACAGGGACAACUGGACUAUCUGGAGUGACAGGGACAAUUGGAUCACCAGCUGAAGCAACAGGGACAACUGGACUAUCAGCUGGAGUGACAGGGACAAGUGGACUAUUAACUGGAGUGACAGGGACAAGUGGACUAUCAGCUGGAGUGACAGGGACAAGUGGACUCUCAGCUGGAAUGACAGGGACAACUGGGCUAUCAGCUGGAGUGACAGGGACAAUUGGAUCACCAGCUGAAGCAACAGGGACAACUGGACUAUCAGCUGGAGUGACAGGGACAAGUGGACUAUUAACUGGAGUGACAGGGACAAGUGGACUAUCAGCUGGAGUGACAGGGACAAGUGGACUAUCAGCUGGGGUCACAGUGAUAAGUGGACUAUCAUCUGGAGUGACAGGGACAAUUGGAUCACCAGCUGAAGCAACAGGGACAACUGGACUAUCAGCUGGUGUGACAGAGACAAUUGGAUCACCAGCUGAAGCAACAGGGAUAAGUGGACUCUCAGCUGGAGUGACAGGGACAAGUGGUCUAUUACCUGGAGUGACAGGGGCAAGUAGACUAUCAGCUGGAGUGACAGGGACAAUUGAAUCACCAGCUGAAGUGACAGUGACAAGUGGACUGUCAGCUGGAGUGACAGGGACAAGUGGAUUAUCAGCUGGAGUGACAGGGAUAACUGGAUCAUCAGCUGGGGUGACAGAGACAAUUGGAUCACCAGCUGAAGCCACAGGGACAACUGGACUAUCAGCUGGAGUGACAGGGACAAGUGGACUAGGAGUGACAGGAACAACUGGGCUAUCAGCUGGGGUGACAGGGACAGUUGCAUCACCAGCUGUAGCAACAGGGACAACUAGACUGUCAGCUGGGGUGACAGGGACAAGAAGACUAUCAGCUGGAAUGACAGGGACAAGUGGACUAUUAGCUGGAGUGACAGGGACAAGUGGACUGUCAGCUGGAGUGACAGGGACAAGCAGACCAGCUGGAGUGACAGAGACAAGUGGACUGUCAGCUGGAGUGACGAGGACAAUUGGAUUGCCAGCUGAAGCAACAAGGACAACUGGACUGACAGGGACAAGUGGACUAUCAGCUGGGGUGACAGGGAAAAUUGGAUCACCAGCUGGAGUGACAGGGACUAGUAGACUCUCAGCUGGGGUGACAGAGUCAAUUGGAUCACCAGCUGAAGUGACAGGGACAACUGGACUGACAGGGACAAGUAGACUAUCAGCUGGAGUGACAGGGACAAUUGGAUCACCAGCUGGGGUGACAGGGACAAGUAGACCAGCUGGGGGGACAGGGAUAACUGGACUAUCAGCUGGGGUGACAGGGACAACUGGAUCAUCAGCUUGGGUAACAGGCACAACUGGAUCAUCAGGUGGAGUGGCAGAGACAACUGGACUGUCAGAUGAAGCAGCAGCAACAACUAGACUAUCAGCUGGAGUGACAGGGACAACUGGACCAUCAGCUGGAGCAACAGGGACGACUGAACUAUCAGUUGGGGUGACAGGGACAGUUGGAUCACCAGCUGAAGCAACAGGGACAACUGGACUAUCAGCUGGAGUGACAGGGACAACUGGGUCAUCUGUAAGAUCAGGGACAAGUAUACCAUCAGCUGUAAAAACAGGAACAACCAGAACAUCAGUUGAAGAAUCACAGACAACUGGACCAUCAGCUGAAAUAACAGGUACAAAUGGACCAUCAGCUGAAGUGAUAGGGACAACUGGACCAUCAGCUGGAGCAACAGGGACCACUGAACUAUCAGCUGGGGUGAUGGGGACAAAUGGACUAGCAGCAGGGGUGACAGGGACUACUGGAUCAUCAGCUGGGGUGACAGGGACAAUUGGAUCAUCAGUUGGAGUGACAUGGACAUCUGAGCUACAAGCUGGGGUGACAGGGAAAAUUGGAUCACUUGCUGGGGUGACAGGGACACCUGGACUGUCAGCUUCAGUAACAGGGACAAGUGGACUAUCAGCUAGGGUGGCAGGUACAAUUGAAUCAGCUGCAGUGACAGGGACAACUGGACUGUCAGCUGGAGUGACAGGGAAAAUUAGACUCUCAGCUGGGGUGACAGGGACCACUGGACCACCAGCUAAAGUGACAGGGACAACUGAGCUAUUAGCUGGGGUGAGAGGGACAAUUGGAUCAUCAUUUGGGGUGACAGGGACAACUGGAUCAUCUGGAAGAUCUGGGACAAGCAUUUCAGCUGAAAAAACAGCAACAACCAGAACAUCUGUUGAAGAAUCAAGGGAAACUAGACCAUCAGCUGGAAUAACAGGUACAGAUGGACUAUCAGCUGGACUGACAGGGACAACUGGAUUAUCAGCUGUAAGAUCAGUUACAUCUGGACCAUCAGCUGGCACAACCACUGGAACAGGAACUACCGGAGAGCUAGGAACUAAAGUUACAACCCAUGAAGAGACCACAAAUGCUAUAGGGACUCCUGGAGCAGGACUGUCAGGAGGCACCACUGUCAUUUCUUCUGAAGUCAGUACCAGUUCAGAAGUUUCCAACACAGGUAUCACUGGAGUAAAUUCAGAGACGUCUGUUGAAACAGGAAUUUCCAACACAGUCACGACUGGGGUGGCUCCCAGCACAACCCUUGCCCCUGGCAGUUCCAGUACAGAGGCCACAACUUCCAUAGGAGGAAGCGUGUUAACAAGAGGUGGAAUAGUGACAGAGGCCACAAGUUCCACAAGAGGGGUCCGGGCCACUGAAUCAGAAGGUCCAGGAGGUACUUCUGGUAAAUUCUUUCAGACAACCAUUUCAUCUGGAGGUUCCCACACAGAAGCCACAACUCUAACAGGAGGCAGGGGCACUACUGACAGUAAAUUCAGAACAGCCACCACUAGGGUAGCUCCUGGCACAACUGUUGCCCCUGGCAGUUCCAAGACAGAAGCCACCACUUUCCUGGGAGUAAGUGAAACAGCAAGUGUUGGAAGAGCCACGGGGGCCACAACUUCCAUAGUAGGGAGUGUCACCAGCCAAGCAGAACAUCCAGGAGGUACUUCUGGUGAAUUCCCAGGAACAACCCGUACAUAUGGAGAUACCCACACAGAGGCUACAACUCUGAAAGGAGGCAGGGGCAGUAUUGGAACUGAAUCCAGAGCAGAGACCACAGCAUACACUGGAGGAAGUGGGACCACAAGAGGAGGAUUAGCCACAGUUACCAUUGGGGCAUUCUCGGGAAAGACUCUGGAACCUGGCAGUGACAACACAGAGGCCACAAGUUCCACAGGAGGGGUCAGCAACACAGGGUUGGAAGCUCCAAGAGGUACUACUGGUGAAUUCCCAGGGAUAACACUUACAUCUGGAGGUUCCCAUACAGAAGCCACAACUCUCACAGGAGGUAGGGGCAGUACUGGAACUGAAUCCAGAGCAGCCACUACGAGGGCAGCUCCUGGCAUGACUCUUGCCCCUGGCAGUUCCAACACAGGGGCCACAGCUUCUCUAGGUGAAAGUGCAACAACAAGAGGUGGAACAACCAGCGCUACCACUGGAGCAUUCUCUGGAAAGACUCUUGAACCUGGGAAUGACAACACAGAGGCCACACGUUCCACAAGAGGAGUCAGCACCACAGGGUCAGAAGCUCCAGCAGAGGCCACAACUCUCACAGGAGACAGAAGCAGUACUAGAAGUGAAUCCAGAACAGCCACCACUGGGGUAGCUCCUGGCACAACUGUUGCCCCUGGCAGUUCCAAGACAGAGGCCACCUCGUUCCCAGGAGUAAGUGGAACAACAAGUGUUGGAAGAGCCACAGGGGCCACAACUUCCACAGUAGGAAGUGACACCAGCCAAGCAGAACAUCCAGGAGGUCCAACUGUGGUUUCACCUGGCUUCAGCAGUAGUUCACAGAGCUCCAGGCCAGGCACCUCUGUCAUACCAGAGAGCUCAGCAUCUGAAAAUGAAACAGUUACUGAAUUCUCUGGGACAGCUGCUAUAUCUACAACUUCCCACACAGGUACCACUCCAGCAUCAGGAGGCCAAGCAACUGGGAGCCUGACAGCCACCACUGGGGUAGCUCCUGGCAUGACUGUUGCACCUGGCAGUUCCAACACAGAGGCCACAACUUCUGUAGGAGAAAGAGAAACAACAAAAGUUGAAAUAAUCAAAGGUGCCACUGGAGGAUUAUCUGGAACAACCAUUAUAUCUGAAAGUUCCACCACAGCCGGUAUCACUGCAGCAUCAGGGAGGCAAGCAGGCACCUCGGCAGUAGCUCCUGCCACAACGGUUGCCCUUGGAAGUUUCAGCACAGCAGCCACAGCAUCUCCUGGAGCAAGUGGAAUGACUGGGGUUACAACAACUACACAGACCACAACUUCCCUAGGAGGAAGUGGCCCCACUGGAGCAGAAAUAAAAUCAGCCACCACUGGAGCCCCAGGAAGUAGGACAGGCACAGCUGGAGCGCCCUCUGGUAAAACAGUCGCCCCUGGGAGCUCCAGCUCAGAGGCCACAACCUCUGUGAGAGAAAGUGGAAUAACAAGAGCUGAAAUAAUCACAGAGGCCACCACUUCCACAGCAGGGACUGGCACUUCUGGAACUGGAUUCAGAAUCGGCACCUCAGAGGUAGUUCCUGCGACAACAGUUGCCCCUGGAAGUUUCAGCACAGCAGCCACAGCGUCUCCUGGAGCAAGUGGAAUAACUGGGGUCACAACAACUACAAAGACCACAGCUUCCCUGGGAGGAAGUGGCAGCACUGCAGCAGAAAGAAAAUCAGGAACAACCACUACAGUACCAGAAAGUAGGACAGCUGGAGUGCCCUCUGCUACAACAGUUGCCCCUGGGAGCUCCAACUCAGAGGCCACAACUUCUUUGAGAGAAAGUGGAAUAACAAGAGCUGAAGUAAUCACAGAGGCCACAACUUUCCCUGGAGGCAGCAGGACCACUCGAGCAGGACUAUCCGGAGUUACCACUGGAGAAUUGUCUGGAAUGACCAUUAUAUCUAGAAGUUCUAACACAGAGGCCACCACUUCCAUAGAAGGGACAGGUUCUUCUGGAACUGGAUUCAAAACUGCAGGCAUCACUUCAGCCCCAGGGAAACAAGCAGGCACCUCUGGGGUGUCUCUAGCCACAACAGUUGCUCCUGGAAGUUUCCGCACUGCCACAACAUCUUCUGGAGCAAGUGGAAUGACUGGGGCUGGACCCACCUCAGAGACCACAACUUCCCUAGGAGAAAGUGGUACUACUGGAGCAGAAAUAAAAUCAGGUACAUCUGGAGUGCCCUCUGCUACAACAGUUGCCCCUGGGAGCUCCAACUCAGAAGCCACAACUUCUGUAGGAGAAAAUGGAAAAACAAGAGCUCAGAUAAUCACAGGUACUACUGAGGGCGUCUCUGGCAAAGUUCAGGAACCUGGAAGCGCCUACACAGAGGCCACAACUUUCCCAGGAGGCAGUGGAAACACCCGAGCAGGACCACCUGGAGGUACCGCUGGAGAAUUGACUGGAAUGACCAUUGUAUAUGGAAGUUCUAACACAGAGGCCACACCUGCCACAGAAGCGACUGGUACUUCUGGAACUGGAUUCAAAACUGGCACCUCUGGGGUGGCACCUGGCACAACAGUUGCCCCUGGAAGUUUCAGCACAGCCACAACUUCUCCUGGAGCAAGCAGAACAACUGGGGCUGGACCCGCUGCAGAGACCACAACUUCCUUAGGAGGAGGUGCCACCACUGCAGCAGAAGUAAAAUCAGGAGUCACUUCCAGAGCACCAGGAAGUAAGACAGGCACAGCUGGAGUGCCCUCUGCUGCAACAGUUGCCCCUGGCAUCUCCAACUCAGAGUCCACGAUGUCUUUAGGAGAAAGUGGACAAACAAGAGCUGAAAUAAUCACAGGUACUACUGAGGGCAAAACUCUGUCAGCUGGAAGUGCCCACACAGAAGCCACAACUUUCGUAGGAGGCAGCAGGACCACCCGAGCUGGACCACCAGAAGGUAACACUUCUGGCACAUCAGGAGGAUAGAUCCCUGGAAGAGAAACAGAGCCCACAGUUUCCACUGAAGCGACUGGUACUUCAGGAACUGGUUUCAAAACUGUAGGCAUCAUCACUUCAACCCCAGGGAGGCAAGCAGGUACUUCUGGGGUGGCACCUGGCACAACAGUGGCUCCUGGACGUUUCAGCACAACAGCAACAACUUCUCCUGGAUCAAGUGGAAUGGCUGGGCUUAACAGCCAUUUAAAGACCACAACUUCCCUAGGUGGAAUUGGUACCACUAGAACUGAAAUAAAAUCAGGAGCCACCACUGGAGCACCGGGAAGUGAGACAGGUAUCACUGGAGAGUCUUCUCGAAUGACCAUUAUAUCUGGAAGUUCUAACACAGAGGCUGCAACUUCCAUUGAAGAGACUGGUACUUCUGGAACUGGAUUCAAAACUGCAGGCAUCACUACAGCUCCAGGAAAGCAAGCAGGCACCUCUGAGAUGGCACCUGACACAAUAGUUGCCCCUGGAAGUUUCAGCACAGCAGCUACAACUUCUCCUGGAGCAAGUGGAGUGACUGGCACUGGACCCACUGCAGAGACCACAGCUUUCCUAGGAGGAAGUAGCACCACCAGAGCAGAAAUAAAAUUAGAUGAAGAUUAUGGGGGAGCCACCACUGGAGCACCAGGAAGUAAGACAGGCACAGCUGGAGUGCCCUCAGCUACAACAGUUGCCCCUGGGAGCUCUAAUUCAGAGGCUACAACUUUCUCUGGAAUCAGUGAAGCAGUAACAGUCCCAGGAUCCAUGACCACUGCCCUGGGAAGCCAGCUGUCCAGCAGUCAAACAGUGAUUCCAGGUGCUAGCAGUGUCAUCUCUCACACAACUGUUGAACCUGGAAGUUCUGUUAUAAGAACCAUCUCUGAUGCAUCAGACAAUCAAGUCACUGGAAGUAAAACAGGCACUACUGGUGUGGCCUUGAGCACAACUGUUGCACCUGGAAGUUUCAGUACAGAAGCCUCAACUUCCACGGGAUUCGGUAGAACCACUGUAGUGGGAUGGAGAACAGGAGCUACUGCUGGAGGAUCAGCAAACCAAGGAACUGGAAGCACAAUAGAAGCUACAUCCUUUAGAGGCACUGGGACCACAGAACAUGGAAUGAAUACAGGUACUACUGGAAUGGUCUCUGGCAACAACAUGUCACCUAGCAGUUCCAACACAGAAGCUACCAGUGGCACAUCUGAGAGACAAAACCCUGGAAGUGAAAUAGGCACCACUGGUAUAGUCUCUGGCACAACAGUUGCAUCUGGAAGUUCCAAUACAGAGGCCACAACUUCUUUGGGCAAUGGUGGAACCACUGAGGCUGGAAGUAAAAUAGUUACCACUGGGAUAACUACUGGCACAACCAUUGUACCUGGGAGUUCCAACACAAAUGCUACGGCUUCUACAGAUGUUGGAGCUACCAUUGGAGUUGGAAUAGCAACUGUUUCUUCCAAGGGAGCAUCUGACACAACCACUGCUCCUGGACCUCCUACCACAGUCACAGCUUCCACAGGAGUAAAAGAAACCUCUAGAACUGGAGUGCAAACAGGCUCCACCUUGGUUGCAGCUGGAGUCACAAGACCACAAGUAUCCCAGCCAGAUACCACUGUCGUAACAACCAAAGAACGAGAAACUGAAAACAAAACAGAAUGUCUAAUAUCACUUCCACCAGCUCCAGUUUGUCAUGGUCCACUGGGAGAAGAGAAAUCUCCUGGAGACACAUGGAGUGCUAAUUGCCACAGAUGUACCUGUACUGAUGCAAAGACUAUAGACUGUAAACCUGAGGAGUGUCCUUCUCCACCCACGUGCAAAACAGGCGAGAAGCUUGUGAAGUUCAAAUCUAAUGACACCUGCUGUGAGAUCGGAUACUGUGAACCAAGAACAUGUUUAUUUAACAAUACUGAUUAUGAGAUUGGUGCUUCAUUUGAUGACCCCGGCAACCCCUGUGUUUCCUACUCCUGCAAAGACACUGGCUUUGCUGCAGUAGUCCAGGACUGCCCAAAGCAGACCUGGUGUGCAGAAGUAAACAGAAUCUAUGAUUCAGAAAAAUGUUGCUAUACAUGUAAGAAUAAUUGCAGAUCUUCCCCUGUAAAUGUGACUGUUAUCUAUAGUGGUUGCAAGAAAAGAGUUCAGAUGGCAAAAUGCACAGGGGAAUGUGAAAAGACUGUCAAGUACAAUUACGAUAUCUUGCUCUUGGAACAUUCAUGCCUUUGCUGCCGAGAAGAAAACUAUGAACUCCGAGACAUUGUUCUUGACUGUCCUGAUGGCAGUACAAUCCCUUACCAAUACAGACACAUCACUACCUGCUCUUGUUUAGACAUAUGCCAACCAACGACGACCUUCAUGUACAGUUAAUGCUGACAUCACCUUCCCAGUUUUAACAGGCCUGGUAUUUAUUUUACAAGUGAACAAAAAUAAUCAUUUAAAGAGUGAGAAUAACUAAAUGUUUGUAUCUUGCUCAAAACAAUGGGUCCUCAUUAUGAGAAAUUUUGUUCUCUUGUUGACUAGAUCUGAAAAAUAAACACAACUUUAC